AGUUUGGGUCUGCUACGUUAUAGAAAGCGUCUUAGUGAACAAAGUGUUGAUGUGGAUGAACAAUUGCAAACGCCAAUUGAAUCGUUUGAUGUACCAUCAAAAUUGAUUGAUAAUUUCAAUGUGGCGAAUGAUGGUGAGAUGUCCAAAUUACAAUUACAAAUUUACAAUGUUAUCGGGAGAUAUGCUGAUUUAUCGCUUGUUACUGAAGGUCGGCAACAUGAGGUUCUUUAUUGUAUGCACGUUCUCAAUCAUAUAAUCAAGACCAGAAAUAUGGUCAUCUCAAAUACUCGUAAUUUACAAGAAUUGCGAGAAAAGGGCACAUUGACGGAAGAUGCCAUCGAGAUGGCACGUGACCAAGGAUUUUCACGUUGUAAAGCACUUAUAUUGUGUCCGAUGAAGAAAGAUGCAUUUCGAAUUGUUGAAUACUUCAAAAAGUUGAUUUUCGGUGACUCAACAAAGCCUUUCGUCAGUAAUUCACAAAGGUUUCAUGACGAAUUCGAUGAUACUGGCUAUAGGAUUAACGCUAAACGAGAGGUAGAAGACGAGUAUCGCGAAUUGAUGAGUGGUAAUUUGGAUGAUUGUUUCCGAAUUGGUGUUGGAAUUGCGAAGAAGAGUUUGAAAUUGUAUACAUCUUUUGAUGAAUCUGAUAUCAUUGUGGCAUCGCCACUCGGCUUGCGGACGAUUGUUGGAGAUGAAGAAGAAACGAAUCAUCAGACCGACUUCUUAUCAUCCGUUGAAGUAGUUAUCAUUGAUAAGGCUGAUAUAAUAUUAAUGCAAAAUUGGGAGCAUCUUUUGCAUAUAAUGGAUAGUUUACAUAAUCGACCCGAGAAACUGAAUGUUGACAUAUCGCGCGUUCGUCAGUGGGCGUUAUCGGAACACACCAAAUUUUAUAGGCAAACACUUUUAUUUUCGUCGAUGAAACUCGCUGAAUGUGAGGCAUUAUUCGCGUUGAAAUGUUUUAACUUUGCUGGAUUCUUUUCACACUUUCCACAAUCCACAGGAAUUUUGAAUUGUAUCGACGUACCAGUAUACCAGCAACUGCAUCGACUCGUCGUUAAUUCAGCUGAACAACAGUCUGACGAGCGUUUUGAAUAUUUUAGACAAAAGAUUCUGUGUAAAUGCGAGCAAGGAACUGUGAUAUUCAUACCGUCAUAUUUCGACUUUGUUCGAAUACGAAAUUUAUUUAAAGUUGACGGUGAAAGUUUUGUGCAGCUCAACGAAUACGCUAAACAAGGGAAAGGAAUCAAGAGUUUAGUUUUCUAUCAGCCUCCGUCGAAUCCGCAGUUCUAUUCGCAGUUCAUUAAUAUGACUGCACAAGAUCAUCCUGUCCAAGUUACUAUUAUUCAUAAUAAAUUUGAUUCAAUUCGUAUGUCAAAUAUAUUCGGUGAUCAAAUGUAUAGUCAGAUUUCGAAUUCACCGAAAAAUGUAAUUCUUCUCAUGAGUCAAUGA